AUGGCUAAAAGAAAACUAUAUCAAGGACGUUCACAUAUGAUUAGUAUUAUAGAGGAAAACCUUGUAGACAGAAAUAUAAUUGUAGAACGUGCAAGAGAAUUUUACCAGCAGUUGUACUCCUCUGACGAACCACAACAACAGAUUGAGGAAGGAACAACGGAAAGAUGUUCAUUCCCUGCAAUUACACAACGGGAGGUAGAACAUGCUAUCAAUCAGUCGAAGAAAGGCAAGGCCCCAGGUCCAGACAACAUCACUAUGGACCUUCUGAAAGACGCUGACACCCUAGUCUUUAAGAAAUUGGUAAAACCUUUCAACAUAUGUGUAAAACAAAUGCUUACCAACAGAGUAACGAAAACUCUAGAUGAAAACCAACUAAUAGAAAAAAGUGAUGAACAUAAGAUACCUUUGGCUAUGGCUUUUGUCGAUUACCAGAAAGCCUUUGAUUCUGUAGAUAUGCACAGAGUACUUGAAUCUAUUAAGAACCAAGAAAGACAGGAGACACCAUCUUCUCCCAAGUUGUUUAUAGAUUGUUUCGAAGUAGUCUUUCAAAACCUUGACUGGGAGACAAAGGGAAUUAAAAUUGAUGGAGAAUAUUUAAGCCACCUCAGAUUCGCAGAUGAGAUUGUACUUGUAGCAAACAAUCUGCAAGAUCUCCAACAAAUGUUAAAUGAGCUGAACAAUUAA